CACAAUUUAUCAAUUUAUUGCAAUUUAUCAUCUACUGUUGUCAAAAUCAUCUGAUUGUAAAUCUCAAUAAUUUUCACAAUUUUCAUCACUCCAGAUCACUCAGAAAACCUGUGCAGAAAACGUUUAUACUUUGGUUUGUCCGCUUUUCAUAUUUUCAUGUCCCUUAAGUCUUUUGUUUUUAAUACAAUUAGUUUACGGUUUUAAUUACAGAACAAAAAUGUUUCGCACAGCAGGAUUUGAAAAACUUUUGGAUAAAGCAACGAGUCAUUUGUUAAUGGAGCCUGACUGGCCUACAAUAAUUCAAAUUUGUGAUCUUAUUCGACAGAAUGAUGUGCAGCCCAAAAACGCAUUAAAUUCUAUUAAGAAGAAACUUUGUGCAACCAAUCCGCAUUCAACUUUCUAUGCCUUGUUAGUACUAGAAAGUAUUGUCAAAAAUUGUGGAACAAUUGUACACGAAGAGCUUACUUCAAAAGCAUAUUGUGAAUUUCUCCAUGAAUUAGUCAAAACCACCACUCACGAUAAUGUUCGUCAAAAGUUAUUGGAACUUAUUCAGGUUUGGAGCUUUGCAUUUAGGAAGAAUCCAAAGCAUGGAAAUUUAAAGGAUUUGAUGAACUUGAUGAAAGCAGAAGGUUAUAAAUUUCCAGUUUUGCGUGAAUCUGAUGCUAUGUUUGCUGCAGAUACAGCCCCAGAGUGGGCAGAUGGGGAUGUAUGCCAUCGCUGUCGUGUUCAGUUCAGUAUGAUUCAAAGAAAACAUCAUUGCAGGGCAUGUGGACAAGUUUUUUGUGCUUCUUGUACUUCUAAGACAACAACUUUACCAAAGUAUGGUAUUGAGAAAGAGGUUAGGGUAUGUGAUACCUGUUUUGAUACAGCUAAUAAGCCAUCGACAGGAGCAAAAACGCCAAAAACAGAAACAGAGUUGCCUGCAGAAUACCUUAAAAGUUCUUUAGCUCAACAAAGUCAGGAACCACCAAGAAAAAGUGAGGAUGAGCUUAGAGAAGAAGAAGAACUUCAAUUGGCUCUGGCAUUAAGCCAGUCAGAGGCUGAAGCCAAGGAAAAAGAAAAAUUGAGAGCUACUAAUGCUUUGCUUAAUCCCACAAAAAAAUCUGAGCCUGUAGUAAACCGUAGUCCAUCUCCACAAGAGGAAACUACUAAUCCAGAACUAGAUCGUUAUCUGAAUCGUUCUUAUUGGGAAUCAGUACAAUCUCAAGAUACAACAGAAAGACCUACUAGCCCUUCAGCUCCAUCCCCCGCCUCAUCAAUUUUAAGUAACGAACCCAAAUUUAGAAUAAAGGAAAAUGGUGUAACUGAUGGUGAUCUAGAAGAAUUUGUCAAGACUCUUAAAAGCCAGGUUGAAAUAUUUAUUAAUAGGAUGAAGAGUAAUUCUAGCAGAGGCAGAUCAAUUGCUAAUGAUACAAGCGUUCAAACGUUGUUUAUGAACACUACUAAUUUACAUUCAAGAUUGCUGAAGUAUAUUCAAGAACAUGAUGACAGGAGGUUGUAUUACGAAAGGUUACAAGAUAAGCUAACCCAGGUUAAAGAUGCAAGAGCUGCCCUUGAUGCUUUACGCGAAGAACACAGAGAUAGACUGCGCAGAGAGGCAGAGGAAGCAGAGAGACAAAGACAACUGCAGAUGGCUCAUAAGCUUGAAAUAAUGAGGAAGAAGAAGCAGGAAUAUUUGCAAUAUCAAAGACAGCUGGCGUUGCAAAGGAUUCAGGAACAGGAACGUGAGAUGCAAAUGAGACAGGAACAACAGAAGCAGCAGUAUUUAAUGGGUCCUCAACAAUUUGCUGGUUUUAUUGGUUCGCCAGUGCAUAACCAACAAUUUCAACAGCCAAAUAAUCCACCUGUAGGGAAUUACUAUGGUCAGUAUGGACAGAUGUUACCCCAAGCUCCAAAUUCUGCACCUCCCGGAAUUCCAUCAACUCUACAAGGAGGAUCUGGCGGACCUCCUCAAACACCUCAAAUUGGGCCUCCACAACAAUUCAUACCACAGAUGCCCAAUAUGCCACCCAAUAAUUCUGCACCAUCAGGAGGAGCAUUUAGUCCACCAUCUGGAAUGAUAAGAGGACCCAUGGUACCUGGACCAAAUCAUGGCAUUCCACAAAGUGCGCCACCGUCUUCAGGUAUACCUCAACAACAAGGUCUUCAGCAAGUACCAUUUCCAAAUCACAAUGUCCCUCAAGGACAAAACAAUCCACCGCCUCCGCUUCAGGGUCAACAGAGUGUGGAGCAAACUCAAACUGCUGAGCUUAUCAGUUUCGAUUAAACACUUGUAAUAAUAAUUUUAUUAAAGAAACUAUAAAACUAUAUAGAUAGAAUUUAAUGUUUAUGUUCGUUAUUAUAAAUUAGCAAGUAUAUUUUCUAUUGUACUCAUACUUAUAUAUUUAAGAAAUACUUAUAUCCUGCAUAUAAAUAAAAAAAAUCUGUAUUAGAAUAA